CAUAUUAAUCAUUAUAGUUGAUCUUAAUUGUAGAUAAAUACAUUUUGCAUCGCUCAGAUCCAUUUUAUUUUUUUUUGCAGCACGAUCAAAUUUUCUGAUUCAGGAGAAAUUUACCACAUUCUUCAAAGGUGUUACCAGUCAUCAUCAUAUCACCAUCAAUCUUUAAAGCAAUGACAGAAACAGGAUCAAUCAAUCUGUCGAUUCCUCAAUUGAACCUUGAUGAUCAACCUCAUGAUGAUCCCAUUGAUUAUCAACCCAUUGAUGAGAAUCAAUUGUUUCAUAGAUUAGGCGGUUUCAAUGAUAUCAAGGGGUUCAAUGCAAAGAGUUUAGGGUUAACUACUGGGAAUGAUAUGUUUAAUGCUUUGGAUAGUACUAAGUUUGAUAUUACUACUAGUGAGAUUCUUCGUGUUCAUUUAUUAAGAAUCUUAUUAACUUUCAUAUUGUUCAUUCAUAUGCAUGUGGUCCACAUUUAUCAACUUGUUGAAGAUGCUGUUGAAUUGAUUAAUAUCUUUUGGUUAGAUUUAUGGAGUGUUUCUCAAUUAGAUUCAGAAGUUAUGACGUUUGGGAUUUAUUUUAUUAAUAAUAUAUCUUGUGGAGCUAUUUUCACUAAGAAUUUAAUUUAUAAUGUUCCAUCAGUAUUCUUAAGAUUAAUGAAUAAUAUGUAUUUAAGGAAUAAUCCAUCAUCAGGAUUAAUCAAUUUUAAAUUAUCUAUUCCACAACAUUUCUUACCUAAUUCAAUCAGUGUCAUCUUAGAAAUCAAUCAAGCUAUCGUAUCACCACCACCAUCAAUUCCUCAACCUUAUCUUAAUGCUGAUAAAAAAAUAACAGUUCCAAGUAAACGAGAAAUUCAACAAGUAUUAGCCAUUAGAAAUGAAUAUUUCACUCAUCAGAGUGUUCAUAUUGCAGCUGAGAAAGUUAGAAUUCAAAGUGAAAUUGCUAGAUUUGUAACUUGGUGUUCAUUAAUUCCAUCCCUUAGUACUAUCAAUAUCUAUGAAAGAUUUGGAUUAGUAUGGGAUACCCCUGAAAAGAUUGAACUGAGUUUAGAAAUGUUAGGUAGCUCAAUCCUUAAUGAAUUAAGUUCAUUUGCUAAUUCAUGUUUCGUUUAUGAAUUGGAAGAUUUAAGAGUAUUAAUUCCCAGAAUUACGUUAGUGGAAGUUAUGUCAGGAAAAUCAUAUACCAUUAAUCAAUUAAGUACUCUUCCACAACAACCACCAAAUCCAGAUCAAACUAGUAAUGAGAUUGAAAGUUUGAUUAGUUCUUAUUCUGAUGAUCGAGAAUUGAUAGUUAAUCUUUGUGAUUCAAGAAUGAAUGAUGAUUUGAUUGGUACUUAUUUAGGAAAUGUUUUUGAAGCAGGUACAGAACUAGAUGAAGAUGAUAUGUUCCAUACAUUAUCUGAAUUGAUUCCUUCAACCCCAGAUAUGAUCAUUAUUCCAGGGAAGAAUAACGUAAAACAUAUGAAAUUAAGUGGAUACAAGAGUAUAAUUAAUGAAGAAGAUGUGGCAAGUACGGUUACUUCACCAAUUUUUUAUUUUUCAAAGAUUAGAUUCGGAUUCCCAUUUUUCAUUAGAUCACUUUAUUAUUAUGCUCUUAAUAGUGAUGUUUCCCAAACUGAAUUAGUUGAUUUUGUUAAUGGUGCAACCGUUAGACAAACUUUGCAACAACAAGCAUUACUGUCGGAAACAGCUAUUGCUAAUCAUUAUUUGGUUAAUUUCUUUAAGAGAUUAAGAGGAUUAAAAUUAUUUGAUCUUAAUUCAAGUCCUGCUAAUCCUAAUGAAUAUGAAAAUGAAGCUAAUUUAUUAUUAAACUCAUCAGAAUUGUUAACUGCAAAUGUUUGAUCUCAUUUGUUUCACGUUUAUUUUUUGCAUUCACUCUUGCUCACUUUUAGCUAUUUAUUUGCUACGUAUAGAAGUAUCCCCAUAAUAUAAAUUAAUUAUUAAUAUUGUAUUGCUAGUCUCUAACUAAC